GUAGAUCUAUAAACUGCCACUCCUUUCAUUUCAGUAAAAAGCUCGAGAGGGAAACUGUGAGUAGAAUGAUCCCCAAGUCAUGGAUUGUUUUGCUGUUGGUUCUUUGUGAGUCUUCAGAAAGCGUCCAUCCUCAGCCAGAAGGACUGAAGGAUCAUGUCGUCAUCAGGCCCAUCAAGCUACAUGCUUUGCACAAGAGAAGUACAAAGUCGUCCCGACCAGAUGUGCUGAAGUAUGGGAUGCAAGUUAAUGGCCAGGAUGUCGUGCUGUACCUGGAGAAGAAUGAGGACUUGCUGACUAAAGGUUACAGUGAGACAACCUACAGUGAGAAUGGGGCCCCGAUCACUGUCACUCCAAAGGACUUGGACCACUGUUACUAUCAUGGAGGAAUAGUGAAUGACACAGAGUCCAUUGCCAGCAUCAGCACGUGUGAUGGCUUGAGGGGUUACAUCCGGACGGCCGCACAGCAGUAUCUGAUUGAACCGAUGUCGGGCACUGAUGAUGGAGACCACGCCUUGUCCAGAUACGAGGCUCUGAAUGAAGACCCUGUAGUGUGCGGAGUCACCAACAGCAGCUGGGACCCUGUCUACCCACCGACCACAGGCAAAAUGCGCUCCCGCAGCUCAGGGCCAUCACUCCUGCAGCAGCAGAAAUAUGUGGACUUGUUACUUGUUGCAGAUAAUAGAGAGUACAAGAAGAUGAAUAGCAACGAAAAUGAGUUGAGAAAGAGGAUAUUUGAAAUUGUCAACUAUGUCAACCUGGUAUACAAGCCUCUCAAGACUUUUAUUGCCCUCACUGGGCUGGAGGUGUGGACAGACCAGGACAAAAUUGCAGUGACACCCCCGGCUGGAGCAACUCUGGAUGCGUUCACAAACUGGAGGAAGACCUCCCUAGUGAAGAAACAUGACAACGCUCAUCUGCUAACGGGCAUCGAUUUCGAAGGGAGCACCGUGGGCCUGGCAUACGUGGGCAGUUUUUGCGCAACUCAUUCAACAGGAGUGAUCCAGGAUCACAGCUCUAAUUCUAUUGCCGUGGGAGCGACGUUGGCUCAUGAGAUGGGGCACAAUCUGGGCAUGAACCAUGACAGCGAUUCAUGCGUCUGCGUUGACAAGAGCUGCAUCAUGUCUGCCGCCCUCUCGUACAACAUCCCGAAGCAUUUCAGCAGCUGCAGUGAUAACAGCUAUGGGCAGUAUCUGGAAUCCAGAAACCCACAGUGUCUCUUCAACAAGCCAGACUAUAAUGCAAUAAUAACGCCGCCUGUGUGCGGGAAUGGCUUCGUGGAGAAGGGGGAGGAGUGUGACUGUGGCACAGUUGAGGAAUGCAAUAAUCCCUGCUGCAAUGCUACGACCUGUACGUUAACGGCAGGGUCACAAUGUGAAGGAGGAGAAUGCUGUGAAAACUGUAAGCUCAUGCCUCCCUCCAGGAUGUGCAGACGGCAGAAGGAUGAGUGUGACUUGGCUGAGUACUGCACAGGGAAGUCGAAAGAUUGCCCAGAGGACGUCUUCUCUGUAAAUGGCAUUCCCUGCAAGGGUGGGCAGGGCUACUGCUACAAUGGACAGUGUCCUAUGCGUGAUAGUCAGUGCAUCAAGAUCUGGGGGAACACUGCUGAGCUGGCAGCUGAUAGUUGCUACACGCAGAACACCAGAGGGGUCUACUAUGGAUUCUGCACACGCCCAUCCAAAGACACCUAUAUAGGAUGCCAGAAAAAGGAUGUGAUGUGCGGAAAGCUGUUCUGUAUAAAUGGCAAAGACACCCCCAACUAUAACCGUCUGGUAGCGUUCCCUGGAUGCAAAGCCAUAUUCAGCGAUGACCCGAACACUGACUUUGGACAGGUGGACACUGGGACCAAAUGCGGUGAUGGACUGGUCUGCAUGAACAACGAGUGUGUAGAUCUAGAGGCGGCCUACAGGGCAACCAAUUGUUCAGCUAGGUGCAAAGGCAAUGCGGUGUGUAACCACAGGCGGGAAUGCCAGUGUCAGCCUGGAUGGCUCCCCCCUGACUGUGAUCAGAUGGCUGAAAGCUUCCAGAAAUUGGCUCCAGGAGUGAUUAUUGCCAUCACAGUGGUAAUCAGCCUGCUGAUUAUAGCUGCCAUUAUUGUGGUGCUGCUCUGUGUUCUGAAGCGCAAACGCAAAAGCUCAAUUCCUCACAGACCUGCACGUUACAAGGAGGAGAUGGAUUCAGGUGUAAACAAUCCUGCCUUUAGCCAACGAUCGACGCCAAACUUCCAAGUCAAGGUUCCCAAGCCGACUGUAGCUCCACCUGUACCUCCACCUUCUGCUCCCUGCCAGCCUGGGUCCCAGGCGAUUAACCUGGCUGCUGCAAGAAAGGUUCCCAAGCCGACUGUAGCUCCAUCUAUUCCUCCACCUCCUGUCUCCUUCCAGCCUCGAUCACAGGCCAUUAGCCCAGCUGCUACAAGACAGGUUCCCAAGCCAACUGUAGCUCCACCUGUACCUCCACCUCCUGCUCCCUUCCAGCCUGGGUCCCAGGCGAUUAACCUGGCUGCUGCAAGAAAGGCAUUGAAGCCACCUCAGGUGUGAAAGCCAACCAGCAAUGGAAAAGAGAUGGGCUUCAUUUUGUUCACACCAGAGCAGGCACCAUGGACCGAAGGGAUGAACACUGAUGUAUAUAACUUCUAUAAAUAAGGAAAUUCUCAGUGUACAUAAAUGACAUAUAUGAGCAAUCUCUCUGCCAGUAGGUAAUUUCCACCUUGAAGUUCAUGAUGAUCCAUUUUCAACAGGAACACCCCUACUUCUAUCGUUUUGUUGUUUAGUGCAGUGGUUCUUAACCUUUUUUGCACCACAACCCAGUUUUUACCAUGCUAGCUCAAUUGCGACCCUAUAUCAAGUUUAUGUUUAAAUUAAUGCUAUGAUCAAGCAUGCGGUGCAGUCUGCCAUUUAUGCUAAUCAAUGCCAUUUGCACAAAUCUGAUUGGAUGUGCCAAUGAAUUUUAAAUUAAGCAUCUGUGGUUUGGUUUCUUGGAUUGGUUGAGUGUUCACUAGUUUUGCGCUAAGGACCCAUGACUUGUUUAUAUAGGUUAAUUCUAGGAUCAGGGCUGGCAAAUCUGAUCAUGGAUCAGCAUAGGAGCUUGCUUUUAAAAUGCUUAUAUUUCCAACCCCUUCAGAACAUGCCGUGACCCUAAUUUGGUUUGUGACCCAUGGAUUGAGAAUCACUGGUUUAGGGGUAGUGCAAUGUAACCUUGACGAUGGUUAAUCAAACAUUUCAUUUCAACAACAGGUGAUUACACUUCUCACAUCCCUACUGUAGUUCUCACUUGUUGUAUUACAUGAACAAUUAACACUGUCAGUCAUUAAUGACCAAAGGUGCAGCAUUCUACAGAGGACAUUAGGAACCAGUAAUAACUUGCAGCUGAAAUUAAGUCACUGCACUAUUUUUUCUGCUGUGUCCUUCAACGUGUUUAUUAUUCUGAACAGUUGCACAAAAUUGCAGCUUUAAUGUACAUAUUUGUUCUAUUUGAUACGAUGAAUAGUUCCGUAUUGCUGUGGAUAUUAGCAGUUAUGCAUCACAACGGCAUUUUUAUGUUCACCUUCAAACUGCAACAAAAUGCAAACUGAUGUUUUAUAUUUAAUAAACAUAAUUUAAAAAUUA